UAAUGAGUGACAAAAAAUAGUUAAUAAAAAAUGUUUGCUUCAAAUCCAAGUUAUACAAAAUUAAAAACAAAUUUACGAUUAGCAAUAAAUCGAUUAAAGUUAUUAGGUAAGAAAAAAUCAGAGCUUGCUCAAAAAUCACGCAAAGAAAUUGCUGAAUAUAUUGCAAAUGGUAAAAUUGAACGUGCUAAAAUUCGUGUAGAAUGUAUUAUCAGGGAAGACUAUCUUGUGGAAGCAAUGGAAUUACUUGAAAUGUAUUGCGACUUAUUAGUUGCAAGAUUUGGUUUGUUAACUCAAAUGAAAGAAUUGGAUGAGGGGCUUGCUGAGUCAGUUUCUAGUAUAUUAUGGGUUGCACCUCGAUUACAAGCCGAUGUGCCUGAAAUGAAAAUUAUAUCCGAUUUAUUAACACAUAAAUAUGGUAAACAAUAUGCAGAGGCUUGUCGCAGUGAUAGUAUUGCAACAAUCAGUGAUAAAUUACGCCAUAAAAUGUCUGUACAAAGCCCACCAAAAUUAUUAGUUGAAAAAUAUUUGAUUGAAAUUGCUAAAAACUAUAGUAUUCCAUACGAACCUGAUCCAGAAGUGAUGAAAGGAGAACGUGGCGUCGAUGCAUUGUUAGAUAUUGGUGAACGAAAUGACACUAAUAACUUAGGUGGUGGUGGUGGUGGUAUGCCACAACCACCUGGAUUUAUAGGAUUUCCACAACCACCACUAUUACCAGUAAAUUCUGGAAUGGGAGGAGGCUAUACACCUUUUAAUUAUCCAAAUCCGUCUCCAUCAAAUAGUGGUGGUUUUGUCGUACCCCAUUCAAAACCAUCAACACCAAGUGCUCCAAAAGUACCAUAUGGUGCUCCGUUAUCGUAUAACAUACCACCGGGAGCUGAAACAAAGGAUUUAAACACGAAUUUCAUGUUGGAUUUUGAUGACGAUAUUCCGCCCCCUUCUUAUGAUUCUGUAUCACCAGAUGAAAAUCAACAAAAUAUAAAUAAAAAUGUGCCCUAUGGUAAACCUAAGCCACAACCACGGUCUAAAAUGCCACCACCAAGUGAUUACCCUGAAUUACCAGAAUUACCUAAUGUACCAUCUGAUAAUUUAUCAACUAAUAAAGAAGACGAUAUUGAUUUUGAUGAUCUGGCUAGAAGAUUUGAAGAACUUAAAAAGAAAAAAUAAAUAUUGGAAAAAUGGAUUUGCUGUAGAAAAAAUUGUGCUUAAUUAAUUAUAUAUUAUUAUAACAUUUUUUUAAUAUUCAGG